AAACGACGACGACUGCGACAGUGAGAAAAAAAUUCUAAACAAAUUAUUCGUCAUUGUUUAGUAGCAGCGUAGGUUUCGUUUCAACUAGCUCUUAAUUUCAACUAGCUCUCUCCAUUGUCGCAGACACAUUCUGCAAUUUUCUGGUUUUUACAGCAAGCAAAAAACGAUGAUUUAACAAUUGAUCGGCGAUUGACGUAAACCGUGCAUCAAGUUACAAUUAGAGAACAAAGCCAUAUUUCACGAAAAAACAAUAAUAAGCGAGAACAACGUGUUGUUGUUAUUUGCAUCGCCCGAAAUCGAGUCGACAUAAUUCGUGCGCGCAUAGAUGAAUUGAUGCUGAUUGUUUGCGAGAAAUAUACGAAACAAAAGCAGUUCAUUUACGUGGCCGGCGCUCUGUAUUCGAACAAAUAGAUAAUUCGCUUAAUUCACAUAUUGUUGUUGUUGUUACCGUUUUCGUUGGUCUUUUUGUUUCUCGCAAAAUAAAAUCAAACGAACGCUUGGAAAGUCAUAGCAUAAACGCGACAACAAUGGCACAGGAGACACAAGAUUUUAAUGAGAAAUUCUCACCGGAUGAAAAUAUUUUCAUUAACGAAGCCGAUGGAUUGACCAAUCAGCAUCCAAUACUACCAAUGGAUGAUGAUGAUUUUGAGGAGAAUAAUAAAAAACAUUCGCCCGAUUCGGAUUCAUUUGACGAUCUACCUACCUCAUUAAUUGUAACCAAUAUUCAUUCGGAAGUAUUCACCAACGAACAGCAACGCAAUGAAAUUGAAAAUUUAUUUAAAUUUUUUUCGCCGAAUGCAAAGUUCCAAUGGUUUCGUAGUUUCAAGCGUUUACGCGUUAAUUUUGAUAGUGCUGUUGCGGCGACCGGUGCUCGUGUACAACUCCAUCAAUACCAAGUGGGCAAAUCGAAAAUCAACUGCUAUUUCGCACAACCAGUGACACCAGUCGCUCACAAAUUUCUACAACCUCCAGCACCAUAUAAACAGUUUUUGAUAUCACCGCCGGCAUCCCCGCCGGCAGGUUGGAUGCCACACGAAGAGGGUGAACCAAUUGUUAGCCAUGACCUGCUCGCUGCCCUGGCAAAUCUCAUGCCAGGCGAAAGCCAUGAACUUCAUCCACCGUCGACAGAUCAUCCUGGCAUUGUGAUUCAUACAGCUAAGGUCAAGGAUGAAAAUGAUGAUGAAAAUGAUGACAAUGAUCAAGCUCCACAACGUAUGAUACAAACAAAAUGCCCCGAACGAACGUAACCAGUUCAUUGUACUUAAUAGCGUUGAUAUUAAUUUAAUUAAAAUUUGAAGAAAAAAAAAAGAAAAGAACAACAAUAAUACAACAUCUCAUUGAAUUUAGAAUACGGCCGAGCUACGAGCAAUGUGCAAAAAAGUGAUAAUUUAUUAUUUUUGGGAAUUUUCGAAUCAUUUGAGGGGAGAAUUCAGACCAAACACAAUGAAGAAUAAUAAGAAAGCAAACCGAUGUAGACAACAAUGUAAAACAUUAAAUAAAGGGCAUAUCUUUGUGCUGCUGUUUGCUGCAGCGGAUAUUCCUUUGAUGCUAAUUGAUUUUUAAGAGUAAUGAUUCCAACAUCAUUUAUUUGUUUUUUUUUUUAUUGGAUAGGUCGACGUGCAAUUUAUAGAGAGAGCAUAAUCUCUUUUCUUUGCUGUAAAAGUAAAUGCUUUUAAUGGCAGCAAUUCUAUUGUAAUUUAAUCUAUUUAGUGUAGCUACCACAGUUAUUGAAAACUAUUUUUGUAAUUUUAUCGAAGCAAGAAUAAAAAAUUGAAAAGAGAUACGGCUACAAUAUCCACAAAGCAUCGAUUUGAUGCACGAAUGACAGAGUGAGUAAGUGGAAAAAAGUGAUUUAAUUUAAUGAAAAUAUGAAAUGGAAAAAUAAAAAUAGAAUGGGAUUGAAGGAAAAAAUACAAGACGUACUGAGAAUAUUUCUCGUACAUGACGUAUCAUAGGAGGAAAUUAAAUCAACGAACCACCAGACCAGAGUUUCAAUGCAACCUACAAAAAAUGUACUAUAUCAAAUAACAGUAUCAUGAAUCUCAAUGUUUCUACUAUAAAUUUGUUUGUUCUUCACUGUGGAACUAAAUUUGGCACUAAAAAUCGAAAUUAACCAGGCAUCAUAUAUAUUUUAUUCAAUUUACGAGAUAUACCUACAACACUGUACCAUAUAAUCAAAUCAAAAUUGAAUGUCAAUUGUCAAACAUGUUUUAUUGAUGUGCAUACCAUUGAGUGCGAUUUAAGCACCAACCAAAUCGAUGCUCCGAACCAAAAAUCAAAAUAAAAUACUUGUGAAAUAAACAAACUAA